AUGCCCUCCGCGGAGCGCAGCAGCCGAGCCGCCGCCGCACCCCGCGCCAGGCCAGCAGCGUCAUGCACCGCCAGCGCGGCCCCGCGGGCCGCAGCCAGCGCUGCGCGGCGAUCCGUCGCCGCCGCCAGCGGAGGCCCGCCGCGUGCCAGGGGGCCCAGCGGCGGCGAGCUCGACGCGGACACGGACCAGCGUGAGCGGGUCGUGAGCGAGGGCUACGUCAAAGAGGCCACGGCCAAGACAGUCGAGAUCGAGGCUGGCAUAGACAAGGUUAACGCGGCAGAACUCCCCUUUUUGAAGGGGCUCGAGGUGUUGCCCUUGAAGGAGGCCCAGGAUACCAUCACAGAGUCAGAGAAGGUUGCGACGGACGUCUCCAAGAACGUGACCGACGCACGUAACUACAUCGCCGCCAAGAGCCUCGAGGUCAAGAAGUUCGCCGAAGCCGCCACCAAGCCGGCGGUGGAGGAGUUCACCAAGCUCACGGAGCGCAUCAACAGCGCCGCGUCGAAGCUGUCCCAGUUCCGCAAGGAGACCGAAGGCCGGAAGAAGUCCGUGCAGCUCCAGGAGGCCGGGGACAAGGUCGAGAAGGCCGACGAGGAGGUCAAGAAGCUCGCAGAGGCCAUUGAGCCCCUAUCCAAGGACCGGCGGCUGGAAGGGCGGAAGGCAUUGGCCUCGCAGAGGGUUCUGUCUGAGGCGUGGGUGGCGGGAGUCUGA